UAUAUGACGAAUCUUUGCAUUGGUAUUGUCAUUGAACACUUGUUAAAUGUUAUAGAAAAUCUUUAGCAGUCAAAUUUAACCAAACCCUAACCUACAAAGUAUAAACUUCGCUAGAAAUGUUACAGAAGAGUUGAUAUUAUCAGAUGGAAUAUUUGAUGAAAUUUAAUAAAUUUUGUGGGACAAUAUUGUGUUUCUAUUUGCUGUUUUUACAGUCUGAUUGCACAUUAAUAGACUAUAUUGAUGAAGCCUGUUACGGUAAUGGAAAUAGUGACUUCCUUAGCCCUUCGUGUCAUACAGGAGAAGUUAUCUAUCCAAAGGACAUAUAUACUUAUAGUAAGAAAAUAGAGACAAACUGUCCAUGGAUUUCUCAUGGUGUAAAUAGGAACGAAACAUACUGUUGUAGGUAUGUGAAUGAAACAGAGGACUGUGGUAUGAGAUACUAUGGUGUAAAUGGACUAGAGCAUUACAGACAGUUUACAGGUGUAGACAUCGGUUCUAUACAAGUGGCUUGGAACAAUACAGAUGGUAUAUGUGAUCAGUCCAUCUACCUUCCAAAAACACAUUAUAUGAAGAUGACUUAUAAUUGUAUAAAUACUAGUCAUAUCGUGUCAAUGUGCAAUAGUUCGGCAAGUGGAGAUCAAUUAUUCUUGUGGAAUGACGGAUAUCCGAACUCAGAUGGAGGUUGUGGUUUGACUUCCGGUUGUCAAUGCACUAUUCAAUCAACAGGAGGGUCUGGUAUACAGAUCGAUGCUUUAGAUAUCAGAUUUGCAACAAAUGAAUCCACGGGGAUCUGUUCACAGAGGUUAUUUGUGAUCGACGGUUCUGACGAAAGUGACAUUGCUUGUGAUGACGUCAAUCUUUUUGAAAGACGUACAUUGUAUUCAAGUUUGACAGAUACAGUUCAACUGAGAUAUGACAAUACAUACGAUGGAUCGAAUGGGAACUUCUGGAUCUUAUUACAAGCCACAGAUAACAGUCAAACCUUAACGAUAACAUGUAGUGAAGUUAUUUUAACCAAUACUGAAUACAAUUGUGGUGAAAACUUCACAAUCAUUUCUCCGGCAACAGAGCCUACCACAACAGAUAUUAUGACAACGAAUAGUGAACCAGAUUCCACUUCGAUUCAAACAACAACAACACCAUCCUAUUCCUCGUCUAAAAAUACACCCCCUGUAACUGAAGUGCUCACUUCAAUUCUUAACUCUGAUGCUACUGAUGCUACUGUUCCCACUGAUGUUACUAAUCCCACCGAUGCCUCCGUCACAAAAAAUACUUCAUCAUCAUCCAGUACUUCAACUGGCAGUUCUCCUGGUUUAUCAGCACCGUUAGCAAGCACCGAGGCUAACCCUCCUGCAAGUGAAAAAUCAGCAAGCAAGGGUCCCAUUAUUGGUGCCAUUAUCGGAGUCGUAGCAGCAUUAGCCGCAGCUGGUCUAAUAGGUUAUACGAUCUGGAGGAAGAAGUUCAAAGGGAAAGGGAAGGUAAGCCCAGAGGACGAGUAUACGGAUUUAUUUGACAGUGGUGCCGUCAAUAGUCAACCACCAGAAAGCUAUAGACCUUUGCCAUAAUGCUCUUUUGCAUAUUUAGCAAAUAAAAUAUGUUUAAACUUAACUUAGCAAUGCAAAAUCACGAAUGUGUUGCAUGUUUUUGAACAAAAACAAAAGAAAAUUCCCAAGAGCAUAUUAUACAUUCAUUAUGAUGGGUGUAAAGUUUACAUUUACGUUGCAAAUUUAUGUUUUAAACUUAUAGAUUUGAAAAUAAUUUUACUUUAUUUGAACCAUCGAGAUAACAUUUUUUUUUUAUGAAUUAUGAAUACAGAUUUAAUUGCUCACGCAUUCCAACCUUUUCAGGUAAUUCUUUUGAUAUACUGAUUCGAUUGAAAAUUUGAAUAUAUCAUCGUCAUGUCUAUUUUUAAAUUUUGGAAUUUUUUUGUACACACACUCAUCUACUGUAAACCAACAAAUUUUCGCGAGCGAUUUAUUUUCGCGACUUUCGCGAGUAGAAAAAAUAACGUGAAUAUAAAUAGUCGCGAAUAUGUAAAACUUGGAUCUUUCCUUAUUUAACUAAAUCAAGUAAAUUUGAAAAUCGCGAAAUUAAAUGGUAGCGAAAUGGACUAGAAAGGGCUAAACGCGAAAUAAAGUAUCCGCGAAAAUAAGUUGGUUUACAGUAUAUGAUCAUGUCGCUAUUUUGGUAUAGAAUACAGACUAUGGAAUUGUGCUACCUUAUUUAGGGCAUAUUUGAUAAAUGGGAAGUUAUAUGACUUGGAUUGCAAUAUAAUGCUUUGAAGUUUGAAUCUUAGAUAGGUCGAUAGAACUUAACUUUUGUUUGCAGAAUCAUUCAUCAGGGAUGCAAUAAAUCUUCCAGUUGUGAAAAGCCAUUAAAUGUCUGUAUUAUCUUAAUAUCUUUAAUUUAUCGACAAUAGAACACUUGUAACACAAUAUACUUGUUGUGCUAUCAUAUAUGAAUUUUCGUAUUUGUUCCAAUUGUUAAUGUUACAAGUGUCUAUCGUUAAUGUUACAAGCGUUUAUCGGUAAUGUUACAAUCGUUUAUCGUAAAUGUUACAAGCGUUAUCGUUAAUGUUACAAGCGGUUAUUGUUAAUGUUACAAGCGUUUAUUGUUAAUGUUACAAGAGUUUAUCAUUUCUGUUACAAGUGUUAAUUUUUUUUUCUUCAUAAUACUAUUAUGUAUCAUGAUAUUUGGUAAACCUCGACACAGUCAAGAAAGGAAAGUUAUAUGGUUGUUUUUCUGUUGUAUUAUCGUGUGUUUUAUUUAUAUUGUUAUUUUGUUCAAAUUGUUAAUAUUACGAACGUUAUAUUUUCUAAUCAUAAAUAAAAGUUAAUAAAAUAUAUAAUGUUGA